AUGCACUGGUCACUAGUGCUACUUAAUUUUGUUAAUCUCUCAUUGGCUGGAGAACGAGUUCUGCCAGCUACCAACAACCAUUGUCCUCUGUCCGUAGAGGGCAGGUCAGAGUUCAAAUAUCCCAAACUGACCGUCUACAAAAUGAACACUGCGCUGGUCAACCUUGAAUUCGUCCAGUUGUAUCAUUCUCAUUUACGUUCUUUGCUACUAAUUCAGGCUGAUAAGAUGGAAUUGUUAGAUACCGGAUGUAGAGAUUUGUAUGAGCAGCCUAAAGACAGUAAUGCUCACAACCAAAAUCAUACUCACAUACCAAGAUUGAAAUACGAGGUUCUUUAUAAAUGGAAAUCUAGUGAAUGUCACAAGUGCUUGCUCUUCCAGAGUAAAUUAUUCAGUCACGUGAUUGAUCUGCGUGACGUCACUUCAUCAGCUGAUCGUAAGCGUUUCAUUGAAGACAGUAACGCGGCUGCCACUACUUCCAUUUUCAAAAAGUUUUUUAGAAAUUUUAAAAAUCGUAUUGAAGAGAAUGCUGCUACUGAUAAUGUAACAAAUGACAAGAAAGACCAUAAAAAACCUGAUAUUGGUGGAAAGCGUGGAUGCAAACAUUACAAGUAUAACAUCACCAACGACAAUAACAUCAACAACAGCAACAAAGACAUUGAUAACAUCAACAAAGACAACAACAUGACAACAAGAAACAUUGAUGUCGGUAACAGUGGUGACAUUAAUCUCAACAAUUCCGUCUUAUCCUCGUGCCAUCAUCGCAUUCAAACCAAGUACAGAAACGACAUUUUCAUAAGUCUUGUGCUUAGUUCGGAUCAUGAUGAAGAUGACGAUGAAAUUAUUUCAAGAUCCUGCAUAUUGAAAGACUAUUCCUUCCUAGACAAAGGCGAAUAUUACAUAGAGGUGUCAUUAAAUGAAUCAACGUUGGCUCUAAGUUGCCGGGUUCAACUGCUUAACCAACCAACUGAUUCAUUUUUAUACCUAUAUGCUGUGCUUUUAUUUUACGUUUCUCUUACCAUACUAUGGACCACCAAAGUUAUUAUAGUCAAGUGGAACUUGCAACAACCAGAUGUUCCAAAUCCUCGCUCUGCAACUAUCAACCGAUACAAAAAUAUUCCAUCUGAUAACAAAUUAAACGCAUUAGACGUCCCAUUGACGGAUAGGCUUACUUCAAAAACAACAGUUAAAAUUGAAAUUGAAAAUUUCGAAACAUUGGAAGAGGACGAUCAAAAUUUAAAGAGUGUUAUAGAUAGGAGGUGGAAGUUUUUAGAUGCUUACAGAGGGUACUGCCUAACGAUGUUGAUCUUUCAAAUGUAUGGUUCAGGUGAUUACCCCAUGUUCCAGCACAGCACUUGGACUGGUUUCAGAUACGGAGAUACGUUUGGAUUAAGCUUAUCAUUCAUCCUUGGUGUGUCACUAACACUGGCUUAUAAGGAUAUCUUCAAAUCUGAGACUACGAGACUAGCUGGAGUCGUGUGUGGCAUAUUUGUACGCUGGUUGAAGUUGUUCACAUUAGGAAUGUUCGUCAACUCUCUUCAAGGAAAAAAGCACGUAACGAAAGUUCGCGGCGAGUAUGCGAAGGUUUACCUCCCAAAUGAUGACAUCGCGUUCGAUCACAAUGGCAUUCUUGGUACAUUUUACUCAUCACUGGUGACUUUCGCAGGUCUACAGCUCAUAGCAAGCGUACUUUUGUGCAAUGGUGAUGCUCUGAGUGGCUUCAUUCCUAUCAGUAAGGAGCUCUGUUCUCUAACAUUCUGCCUGCUGACGUGCUGUCUCAAUUUCUUCAUCCUCGGCCUGGCCUAUCUAACCAUUGACGUGGCCAGGCUCUGGAAUGGCAGACCCUUCAUAUACCCCGGAUUGAAUGUCAUCUUCAUAUACGUGUGCGCAUCUUGUUUCAAGAUGGAAUUCCCGAUAUCCUGGCUGCUAGCCUCACACGAUGAUGAAGAACAAUGGAAGUUGCUGAUUCUAAACUGUUGGUCGACGUCUUUCUGGGUCGUCGUAUCCUACGCCAUGUUUACCGCCGGGGUCAUCGUUAAUGUUUGA